AUAUGAUUCCUGGAUCAAUCAUUCUAACAUUCAUUACUAAUUCGUCAUUACAUAACCCCUCACCCCUCCACUCUCCUCAUUCUGUCUUUCUAUUCGCACAGAAACCACUUUCUGUCUUUCUCCCUGUUUUGCCCCAAAAAGACGCAUUGAUUACAGAUUCUUGAAUACAAAUUGAUUCACUCAUGACUCAUCAUUCAAUGGCGCCAUCAUCAACACCCAUCUUACUUGUGGCUUUAUGCCUCCUUUCUUUUUCUACUUCCCAUUUGUCAUCUGCGCAAAUGGCAGCAAAUACAAUCUCUGCAGCACCUGCAUUGCUCCCAACAGCGCCACCACUUUCUUCUCCUCCUGCUUCAUCUCCUGAUAUCACUCCUCUCUUUCCUUCACCUGGUAAAGGUGAACUUUCACCUACUGAAUCUUCACUACCCACCAUCCCUUCUAGCCCCAGCCCACCCAACCCAGAUGACAUACCCUCUUUUGGUCCCAACACCAUGUCUAUCGAACCAUCUGCCUCGCUCCCUCUUUCUUCUUCUGUUUCUUGGAAUUCUGGAACUGGAACUACUGUGAUGAUUGUGUCUCUAGGGGCAAUCUUGUCAUUUCACCUUUUGAUUUGAGGGUGGGAAGCCUUUGGUGGUAGUGGUGGUGGUGGUGGCAGUACGCAUUCUGGUCAUUUUCACCUUUUGAUUUUAAGGGUGGGAAUCGUUUGGUGGUGGUCGUGGCAGUGAGGGCAAUUUGGGCAUUUCGGAGAUGAUUUGAGGGUCAGUUAAGGUACUUCUUUUGUUUGGUUGUGUAUGGAGUGGGAAUCAAUGGGUGGAGGGGCAACAAUAAUUGUGUUUUUUUACAUUAAUUUUUUUUUCCUUUUUGUAAUUCUAGAUUUCACUUUGGUUCCUUGGCUUUUCAAGGAGUAUAUAAAAUAUUUGUUAGGUUCUUGAGGUGAUGUUGCUUUGCUGGUUCAUGUGAUAAGAUUUGUCUUUUUGAGUAUAUUCAAAAGUAAAUAAAAGUUAUGCCUUUUGGCAAGUCGCUCUCA